AGGAAUUACAGGUCCACCUUUCCAUUCCCAGGCUUACCCUUCUGCUCUCCUGUGCCAUGAACUUCCAGACAUAUCCCCAUGACAGCCAGCAGUGUGCCAUGAAAAUCGAGAGUCUUUCGCACACCACGGACGACCUCAUCUUCGUGUGGGACCCGCUAGUACCUCUGGUAGUGGACGACACAAUUGAACUGCCCCAGCUCGAUCUCGUGUCCAACAAUACCGGUGAUUGCACCCAAGUGUACUCUACAGGUAACUUCACGUGUCUGGAGGUUAUAUUCACGUUCAAGCGUCGCCUUGGAUACUAUCUGUUCCACACUUAUAUCCCCACCUGCCUCAUUGUCAUCAUGUCCUGGAUCAGCUUCUGGAUCAAGCCUGAGGCGGUGCCGGCGCGAGUUACUUUGGGCGUCACCUCGCUCCUCACUCUGUCCACUCAGCACGCCAACUCACAGAAGUCUCUGCCACCUGUCUCCUAUAUAAAGGCCAUCGACAUGUUCAUGUCCUCGUGCACUGUGUUUGUGUUCCUGUCGCUCAUGGAGUACGCCAUGGUCAACAUCAUCCUUGGAGACAUGGUGGACUACAAGCCACAGGACGAGAACUUCAUCCGCAGAGUCACCAGGAAACUCACGGUGCGCAGACCUCGGACAUCCAAUGCUCGCAGAAGGAACACUGGAGAUGGAAUGCUGGAUGAGGCUGAGAAUGGAUGCUGUGGGGAAGCGGAUGGAGAGCCGAGAAUCAUUCCAGCAACCUCCACCUCUCAACCACAAGCUCAAUUCCACCACCAACAACUGCCCCAUCAUACUCCUCCUCCGCCUCCGCCCAGAGGAAUCCCGCCAACCAGAUUCGGAUCGGCCUGUAACAUCCCAUACUCCGUAGCCAAUGAGAUGCGACGUUCAAGAGAAAAAGCCAUCUUGGUGGAUCGUUUUUCUCGCGUCGUGUUCCCGAUCAGUUUUACCAUUCUCAAUAUUCUCUACUGGGCUGUAUUUUUCGAGUGGUGAAUGUUGUUCACAGUCGAUUAUUUUUGCUAUUUUUGUCUUUUAAUUUCUUUCAACCUUUUGUAUUCUUGAGAUGGAAGGAAAUAUAUAGGGUAGCAAAUAAUUUCCUAGCGGGAAUUUAUAGUUAGUUUUUUUUUCUUAGUAUUUUUAAGGACUUCAUAGGCUUUCUUCAACCCUUUUCUCUCUUUACCUGAUUCACGUAAGGCAUUGGACACAUCUAGCUUGCUUUGUAUUACAUUUAGGAAGGUCUUCACUCGUUCCUCGUACUGGUGAUGCGAUUGGAUGAAGUAUGUGACUAAUAUAGCGCUGAAAGUGACAUCAAAUUAAGAACUUUUAGGUAAAUUAACUGAUUGCUGAAAACUAACUUAGCGAUGCAUUAGUGGGAAGAGUCAAGUCUGAGUGUGAAAGAAGCCCAUGUAAUGGUGAAAUGAUAAUGAAUAAAUGGAACUACCUAAAUGUUUAUGAUUAAAAAAAGAAAAGAAAAAGAAACUUGAAUAUGUAAAUGUCAAUGAAAGUACUCACAAACACUGAACAAAGCUUAAAAAAAAAGGUAAUAAGUUUUGAACAUGGUGCAACCAAAAUAACAAAAAAUAAAUUUAGAUAGAAAAAAAAUUGCACGACAAAGCGCGGAAGGAUAUGUACAAACUAAAAGGCAUUUUGUCAUUCCUGAUGGGCGCACCUGAGCGACACCAUGUUUAUUGAAUUUUACCCGUUAAAAAAUGUGUAGAAUAAAAAAAUCUUAAAUAGAUGCUUGAAGAAAACUGUCCGCUUAGUAGUAAUCCACGCUUGAUAUAUGGCUAGAAAUUAUAUGGAGAUUUGUUUAUUUUAGUCCCCAAGCGAAAAAGAAAAGAUUUAAAAAUGACGACUAGUACAAAUAAAAGAAACCAAGGGAAAAAACACCACAUUACAGUUUUUUUUAGCUUCGGAAAGAAAAAUAUAUGCCUAAUAAUCUACAAACCUCACUGGAAAAUUUUAAUCAAAACGGGAAUUUCAUAAUUCAUAGACCUUUAAAGAAAGAAAAAAAAAAUGCUAUUUCAUUGAUGACAACCGCGCCAUUCACCAUUGUGAUUGGAGAUUCGCUGGUGUUGUGGCAGUCCCACCACAUAUAACCACACACCUCUCAUGCUCAUAACUAUCCAUACUGACAUGUCUAGGGUCCUGUUUUUAUUUCACUCUCGCACUUUUUGGUAGCUAGUUUCGCCAAUCACUUUUCAUUCUUUCCUGUUUUAUGUCAACCCAUUUCGAAUACAUUCGUGCAUUAUAUUAAUGGCCUGCGCAGAUUCUCAUCUCACUCGCUGCCUACUACCUUGCGCGUACACACACACACACACACACACACACACACACAGUUUAUUGUAGUGGCUAGCACACCCGGCUCUCAACCGAGAAGUUCAGGGUUCUAGUCCCCGGCUCGACGAAGCAAAUGGGCGAGCUUCUUCAUGUGUAGUCCUUGUUUACCUAAAAGCGAAGUAGGUUCGGGAUGUAAUGUGUGGGGUUGUGGCCUCGCUUUCCCGGCGUGUGGAGUGUGGCGUGGUCUUAGUCCUACUCGGAUAUCGGUCUAUGGGCUCUAAGCUCGCUCAGUAAUGAGAAAGACUGGCUGGAUGACCAGCAGUCAACCGUCAAUAUAAUACACAGAACGCGAUCAGGUGGACAUAUGUAGAUAUGAAGACAGGGUAACAUCUUAACUCAAAUUCUGUACACUUCAACUAAA